UCGAAAGUAAAGUCCGUGCGUUCGUCGUGCCAAGGUAUUGUUGGAGAGCCACCGGGAAUAAAUAUAUCUCGCGUUUGAGAGCAUCGAGUAAAGUGUCGUGCGAUCGUUAGGUUACGAUAGUUCGGAGUUCAAGAGUUUACUUUUUAUGCUUUCGAAGCGACAAUCUCUUGCGGAAAUUAUCGUCGAAAGUGUCGGGAACAAGUUCCGUGAAUCUGUCGUGGCGAAAUAUCGUCAUUUAGCCGUCGUAAGUGAGCAUCGCGGAACGGAUCGUCGGGCGUAUCGAGUGAAGUUUGCGCACUCCAUACUCCGAGAAUCGCAAUCGUCGCAAGUGUUGUGAGUGCGCGUGAAGUUCAUCGGGUAGACCAUCACCUGGGAAGGACAUCGCUACUGUGGGAGGCUUCCCCGAAGUAUGACCGACAAUCCUGCGCCACUGGUGAGUCAUGACAUCUUAUACAAGACGAGUUUGAACGAGAUCGAGCAAUGCAGCGCAGCGAGCAGUUCUCCGGUUAAGAAUAUAAAAAACCGUGCGGCUGAGCAGCAGAGUGCCGUGAAUCGUCACAAAUCGUCGAUACCACUCCUAGCAUCGCGUGUGGCGAACCAGGCGCUUACCGUUUCGCCACAGCCGGCAGUAACGGUGGAGGGGCCGGUGUCCAAAAUGUCUCCACCGACGAACGACGUGACCAACGGUGUGGUAGCGCCGCCCAGCACCUUGGCGCCCCGGGUUCCACCGACCACGAACCCGUCCCUCACCACCAUCAACCCACCGACGCACAAGCGUACCCCGAAGGACUUCAUCUUCGGCAAGGUGAUCGGCGAGGGAAGCUUCUCCACCGUUUACCUUGCCAAGGACAUCCACAGCAGCAAGGAGUACGCGAUCAAGGUAUGCGACAAGCGUCACAUCAUCAAGGAGAAGAAGACCGAGUACGUGAAGCGCGAGAAGGAGGUGCUGAACAUGCUCGCGGGUGCCAAACACUCGUUCGUGCGCCUGUUCUGCACCUUCCAGGACAUGGAGAGGCUCUACUUUGUCCUGUCGUACGCUAAGAACGGCGAGCUCCUGCCCUACAUCAACAAGGUGGGCUCCUUCGACAUCGAGUGCACCAAAUUCUAUUCGGCGGAGAUCCUGCGCGGUCUCGAGUACCUGCACGGGCUCGGCAUCAUUCACCGGGAUCUCAAGCCGGAGAACAUCCUGCUAGACGAGAAGAUGCACGUGCUCAUCACCGACUUCGGCAGCGCCAAGAUCCUCAAGGAGGACCCGGAGACGGUAAUGACGCAUCCUGCCUCGGACGACGCACAGCAGCAGGAGGAACAGCAGCAAUACAGGGAACGCAAAGGCUCCUUCGUCGGUACCGCUCAGUACGUGUCACCCGAGCUACUGGUUGAGAAAAAGGCGAGCAGGUCGUCCGAUCUCUGGGCUCUGGGCUGUAUCGUCUACCAGAUGGUCGCCGGUCUGCCACCCUUCCGUUCCAGGAGCGAGUACAUGAUAUUCCAGAAGAUCCUGAAACUCGAGUACGAGAUACCGGACGGUUUCUGCGAGCUGGCGAGAUCUCUCGUCAGCCAGCUGCUGGUCCUGGAGCCGUCGGGACGAUUGGGCGCCCAGGACGAGCACGGCGCCGGUUAUCCCAGCAUCAGGGCGCAUCCCUUCUUCGAGGGUGUCGACUUCGAGACCCUCCACGAGCAGACACCGCCGCCGAUUUAUCCGUAUCUACCCGGCACGUCGGAGCACGAGGAGCUUAGGUCGCAGUACAGGGUGCCAGAUAACCUUGAACCCGGCCUCGACGAUAAGCAGCUCACCAGACUCCUCGGGUUAGGCAUCGGCGAGGACACUGACGAGGACGACGAUAUCACUACUGGCACCGGCGCGGAGCAGCACGCCGCCGCCCAGCCCGUCAGCAAAACCGCAGUCGUGGAGAAUCCGAGGCGGCGCACCAACACCGACGGCAACAUCGUCAAUCUGACGCCGGAGGAGGUCAGGAGACGGAUGGAGUCGCAGCACGCGAGUCCGUGGCGCGAGAUCGUGAAAAACAACCUCAUUGUGAAGCAGGGUUUCGUCAACAAGAGGAAGGGCCUCUUCGCCAGGCGGAGAAUGCUCUUGCUCACCACCGGACCACACUUAUACUACGUCGACCCCAUCAGCAACAUGCUCAAGGGCGAGAUACCCUGGAGCCCCGAGCUGAGGGUCGAGCCGAAGAAUUUCAAGAUUUUCUUCGUCCAUACGCCAAACAGGACUUACUAUCUCGAAGAUCCCGAGGGAUUCGCAUUGGAGUGGUGCAAAGUUAUCGAGGAGAUGCGAGUCCGCUAUUACGGCCUGCAGGAGACCGCCGCUUAGAGAGGAGGACGAGUGAUCUGACAGACGGAACGUAACGAGCAACAUUAACAAAGUCCGCGAGUGGCGAUCGCUGUGCCGGUUUGUAUCGGACGAGAGAGAAAGAGGAGACGGCGAAAUCCGAUCGUUCGCCAGCUUAGCUCAUUGUGUAAAGUAGUAGAUGUUUAUUUACUUCAGCUUACACGCCAAGGCAGGACUUGGUUUACGACUUUUACUUUAACCACACGCAUUCAUUCUUAUUAACUAUCUAAUUAGCUAAAAUCCAAUAAGUAUCACCCAAACAAUGCUUCUCUCAUUAUUAUUUUCAUUCUAUCCAAUCAUAGCUUUUUUAUAUCUGAUUACACAUCCUCGCUUGCCCUUAUUUAUUUUUUACUUAAUUCUUGCACUAACCCCGAACAAUUUAUUACCUUCCCUCGCGUCCCUGUGUAAAGUAGUAGGUUAGUAGACUGCUCGCGCCGAAAUGCGCACUCUGUACAAUUUAGGGCAAAUUCGUUAGGUAAAUUCCCGCAGAAGCGAAAAAAACGGAAAACUGCGAACCCUCCGUCGAAGUAACCAACGUCGUGCGGUGACUUAUUAUUACUUACGUUCGCUAUUUAUUUCGUCGAUCCUUUGGAGAGAGAAAAGAAAACGAGAAGGGAGAAUCGCACGACGCGCGUGCGGAAGGAAGUAGGAGAGGGAAACGGACGGAGGAUUAGAGAAAUUUUUAGCCAAGGCUUCUUUUCGACGCUGUGCGCUGUACUCGCGCGCAGCGUCUGCUGCUGCCGUGUGACGUAACGCGCAUGUGUGAGAUCGAGGUCGCCUGGGGCAAAGGAAAAUAAAGUCCGCGCACCCGUAAAUUCCCAUGUUUACCAUUCUCGCGAUACCAAGUGUAAUCGGGACCUUCACGGUACCGUCAAAUUUUCUCUCUUUUUUUUUUCUUUUUUUUGUCGUCUUUUGCGAACAACAAAUCGGCUUUCUAAAUGAAGUUAGCGGCGAUCGUGCCGAGUCUCCUAGAGAGAGAAAAGAAGGAAAACCGGAAAAAAGGUGAAGAGAUAGCAAGGUCCUCCCGCCCAGGCGUCUUCCUCGAGCGCGACCGCGUCGCACGGCGCUUAAAUAGUACCUUUAUUCCUAAGCGUAUAGUGAAAUUCGUCGGGCGCGACAAACCGACGCCGGACGACGUGACAUUUAGGCGGAAUUAAAAACCGAGCGGGCGACUUUCUCUCUCUCUCUCUCUCUCUUAGUGCGCCCAGUCGCCGCCGGUAACUUAGUAGUCAAUUUACGUGUAGUAGCGUCGAGGUUAGUUAGGAAGUAAAAGAAAGGAAAACGAUACACGAGAAAUGCAAUGGAGGAUAACGAAUCACUUUGCAGCUUUAAUGUAACGUUCGUUGCGUCGCCUGGAAAGGCUCCCCGGAACCUCGCUAUGUUCCGGGCGAUCUUUGCUCUCUUCGUGGCGCACACACACACACACACACACACACACACACGCAUAUAUGUACGUUCACAAAUACACACUCACAUAUACAGUAUUCCCCCUCGUGGUUCACCCUCGUUUUCUCCCGUCCUCCAUUCUCGUGAAUAUUCUCUGUAAAUAUUAUAUAGUGCGUUUCCACGAAGAGCAGGCUUCGCAAGAACACUCUUGUAACAUAGUAGAUACGUAAGUAGAAAAGAAAAAAGAAGUAUAUCGUUGUCUUACCACGGCAUUUUCUUCGCGCUUAAGUUCCACCUCGCUUCUCGUCUGGCCCUCGCGGACUCGAGCGUGCGAUCGGUGAUUAUUCAAAACAGGUGGCAGGACGUCGGAGGUGAGGCCUCGGUUGUUGUUCUCGACUCCCCCGACUCGGCGUCCGCACGUUCGUUUGUACAAAAGUUAAGCGGUGGAGAGAAACGGGAAUAAAAAAAACAAACGGGGCACGGGGAAACGCGCGCACCGCAGAGAGAGCGCGCGCGAGAACGACGGACUUGUUCGUUUCUUCCCCUCCCGUGAGAAAGACUACUGCAGAUGUGCAGACACGCCUGAAAAAGAAGAACUCUAGAUAGCAAUAUAUAUGGAGACUCGUUUCUUUUUUUUUCUUCUUUUUUUUCCGUUGUACGUAUAGCUUUAAGAGGCGCUAGUAGAGAUUCGUUUUAGGUGCGUAUCUCGUCGAUUGGUUAAUUACCGCGGUCUCUACUACUAGUGCGAUUGUAUCGGUAUGAUUUAUUAUUAGCGUCUAGUGAAAUUACGAUUACUGUUCAUUACUUCACACACAUUAUACCGCGUCCCGAGACGGUCCAUAUUAUCACAACAAGCAUUCGUUUUUUCUUUUUCAUCCGCCCCCUUCUUUCCCGGCAACCACCUGAUCAUAUCCAUUGACCCCCUCCUUUUCCUCAUUAUAUAUAUAUAAACAUAUAUAUAUAUAUAUCUGUAAUUUAAUUGAACGGCCUCGCGCAUUGUUUAUUUAUUCUUACCUCGUUACAUUUGCCUCGAAUUAUUUAUUCGCGUUCUCCUCGUAAUAUAUUAUCGCGCGUGCGUGCCAGGACCGCCACGCGGCGUUCGUAUAGAGAUUACAGACUAGUUACUAUCGCUACCGCCACACUGCGACUAUAUAUUUACUAUUUAUAUUAUUAUCUCUCGCUAUCGUACUAUUAACUAUUACUAUUACCUAUUUACUAUUACUAUUAUCGUCAUCACUGCGCUGCGUUGUUACUACGUUUUACCGCGUACAUAUAUAUAUUAUAUAUAUAUUCUAUAUUACACGUCAACUAUUGUCGUUAGACCUAGCUGUUUUUAGGUAGACAUUCAACCC